UCCCAGACUUCCUUCCUGAUCAUUUUUCUGCUUCUUUGUGAUGGAUUUAGGUUUUUGUUUUUGUCUCUGCAGGUCUGGUUUAGGUUAAAUCUGUCUCCAGCUCCUAUUGGCUCCUGGUCCUUCCUCUGCUCUCCACGCCCAGACACACAUCUGAUUCCAGGCAUUUUUCUGAGGAUCGACCCACGGAGAGGAGCUGUUUGCUGAUUAAUUCAACCUUUUUACACUUUUAUCUCCUCUGACACGAAAGAAGCUUUUCUGCAGCUAUUUUCAAUAAACUCUGUCCUUUUUUUGAGGACCAACGCGCAGAUUUUUACUAAUUUCUUUAAUUUCAAUCUUUUUUCAACCUUUUUUUUGCUCAUUUCAGACUUUUUGAAGAAUGACUUUUUAAUUCCUUCAGACAGAAAAUAAAGGAUCAAAACCCACCGGAGCUAAACGCGAAGAAAGGUUGUUUUUUUUUUCUUUUUUUGGAGCGCGUAAAAACGCACGGGGCUCUCCAUCCAUCCAUUCAUCAUCCAUCCAUCAUCCAUCCUCCAUCCAUCAUCCAUCCUCCAUCCAUGGCGCACAUGUGCAGGCAGCUGACCGGCAGCGCUGCGAGCUGCGUGGGCUGGGUGGGUGUGAUCGUGGCCACCGCCACCAACGAUUGGGUCCGAACCUGCGACUACACGGUGGCGACCUGCGUCCGGAUGGACGAGCUGGGCUCCAGGGGCCUCUGGGCGGAGUGCGUCAUCUCCCCUGCCCUCUACCACUGCGUGGCCCUGAACCAGAUCCUCACUCUGCCCGCCUACAUCCAGGCUUCCAGGGCCCUGAUGAUCCUGGCCUGCCUCCUCGGCCUCCCCUCCAUGCUGCUGGUUCUUCUCUCCAUGCGCUGCGUUCGGCUGCAGAACGAUUCGAUGGAGGUGAAGCGACGUCGAGCUCGAGUGGGAGGAGUCCUGUAUCUCAUCAUGGCCGUGUGCGGCAUCAUUUCCACCGUCUGGUUCCCCAUCGGCGCCCACCAGGCCGAGGGUCUGAUGUCCUUCGGCUUCUCGCUGUACGCCGGCUGGGUCGGCUCGGCCCUCUGCCUCCUGGGCGGUUCGGUCAUCCUGUGCUGUCAGGGCCUCGAUCCGGGGACCCCGAGCCGGGACAACAGCUUCUACUACUCCAGGCAGAGGGGCACCGCCACGCCGCUGGACCCGCCGGCCAACCACGCCAAGAGCGCCAGAGUGUGAAGGACCGGGCCUCCAUCACCACGUCAGCAUUUAUACUCUACUUAUACAAAUUUAAGAGUGAUUUCUAAUAAAGAAAUGUCUUAAAGUCGAAAAUUGGCCAAAAAAAAAACUUAAUUUUGUACUUUAAAAUGCAAAAAACUAAAAAUAUAGAACGGUAGAGUCAAAACAGUGCCUCAAACUCAAACUGUAGUUUCAUUUCCUGUAUAUAGUGGAGGGUGGGGUAAGAUGAGCCUGUGGGUUAGUUGAGCUGCUCCUUGUUUCUAGAAAACCAACAAACUGGUUGCGUGACCAAACAUUUUUGAAGACACAUCCAGUCUACUUUAAGGAGAAGGAGCACAUUUUAGUGAACAAAACAGUUUUUAGAUGUUCAAAGUAAAUUUGGUUUCAUGAGUGUCUGAACAAUUAUUGAGACAUCUGAAACUAUUUAACAUGUUUUAAUGCAUUAGUGAGCUACAAUGUGAGGCUAAAGUGUUAGCAUGAAUUUAGCUCUAAAUUGCCUGGAUGAUGCACAAAUGGUGGCCACCUAUGAUUAUUGGUAAAUAAUCACAUUACUAUAUUUAUAUAUUGUAUUUUUCCAUUUUACGACCAAAAUGAUUUUGAUUUUGAGACCAGAGGAAGACAGACGGGGUUUCAACUUCUCUUAAGGAUUGUAGGAGAAGUAAAGAAUGGGAAGAUGAAGAUCGACAGAAUGACUUUAACCCUUUGAUGCACAGUGUGUGUCAGGAGAUACUCAUUUUCCAUUGCAUUUGGUUCACUUUUGACCCAUGUUGUGCAUCAAAGGGGUAAAGAGAUUCAUGGCCAAUAACUAACCAGAACAGGGCUCGAGAGAACAGGCUCUGCCCACCAGGUCUCGGAUGAACAAAUAGAGACAGAUGUUUUAUUAUAUGAGGUAUAACAUUUCCAAUUGAUGGCACAAUUUAUCCCAACAUAUUUUAUCCACAAGCUCAAUUUCCCCUUACUGGGGGCAAGUUGAACCAAUGGCUUCCACCUAUGAUUAUUUGUAAACAAUUAUAUUACUGUAGAUCUACAACUAUAUGUUAAAUAAUAGCCAAGUUUUGGUAAAAUGACAGUAAAAUGUGUCCACUUUGACUGUGAUUUGUUCCAAAAUUUGCCAUCUGUGGGCCUCAUUGAAGGAAAAGUUUAAAGUUCUACAUUUUAUCUUUAAAUACACUUUUUAAGAGGUUGUUUGGUCUUGAAUUUGUCUUGCUUUGAUAUGACUUCAGCAUAAUUGAUGGCACAAUUUACCCCAACAUAUGUUCUCCAAAGGCUCAUUUUACGCCAAGUUGAGCCAAGAAAACAUUUUUUUCCCAGAAAGUCAUAUUUUAAAAACUGUUCAUUUCAGAUCCAAACCAAUUAUUCCCAGGGAAACCCCACAUCGUGAAGUAUUUGUUUUAUUUUGCCUCCAUUGUAACGACACCUCCCGGAAAAACUGGUUCAUCUUACUCCCGUCUCCCCUACAGUAUUUCACAAUUUACUAACUUUAUUUCCUGUCAGAGCAAAAUGUGACAAUUUCUUUUCUUUUUUAUUGUUGUUGUUGACUUUCUGCCUGUUUAACUGAUCAUGACUCAGGUGAAUCAUGUCCUGUCAGGAGGUUUAGAUGAGAUCAGCAUUUCUUUGUCUUUACAUGAUUUUAUUACUGUUUAAGUCAAUAAGCUUCUGUCAUUUCAGUGACUUUAUUAUUAUUCUUUAAAUUUGUUUAGCAGAGUUUUACCUGCUUCUAUUUAAUCCCAAACAGGUUUUGUCUUACAUGUAACUAUCAUUUUUACGAGUUUUCACUCUUCAUACUUACAGCAUGAUCAACAUAUAUCAGCCUGCACUGUAAGAUUUGUGCCCAGCCCUACAAAUAAUAAACAUUUUUCCUGAAAAA